AGCUCCAUCUAAUAUAAACCCUACACGCCUUGAGUACUUGGGGUAAGGCAUGAAAGGACAUCUCUCAAGCUAAACCGCUGGACUUCCUCUACACUACGGAUCGCUGAUGAAUGAGCCGGCAGUGGAAUGUUUAGCAGCCUGUGACGACUUUGCACGGAAAUAUGGAAAUUUAUUAUCAGCUUGCCACAUCAGCGCUUGCCCUGGCUGCCUCUGCUCUUUCGCUUCUGAUGGAUACUCCCACUCCCUCUGACAGUCAUCCCCUGCCUUGGCCCCUACUUCCCCAUCCCCCGCAGAGAACUGCUGGUCUAAACUGUCACAGUCCUGGCCGUCAGUUUUGAGGAACACAGGAUUUUUGUUUUGUUGUGUGUGUUGAAAUGAUUAUCAUUAACCUUACCGCUCUCUGUGUGACCUUGUCUAUGGGACGAAAAGGAUAUCAGUGCAGCCCUAAAAGUAUGUACGCUGGGGUGUGGGAGAAGGAGGCAAAAAGGGGAAGGGAGUAGCGGGAGAGUCAGAGAGCAGAGGAAGGAGGAGAGACUGCCAGAGCCCAGCAUCAGGCCGACUAGAGCUGCCAGCCAAUCAGAGGCGCGCUCAGGAGCUGCAGAGACCCAGCCUGGGAGCCCGGGGCUGGAGGUGCGCGGAGCCCGAGCCUGGGCUCUCCGAGGACCGCGAGCAGCCGUGCCCAGAGCUCUGAGAAAGUCCCCCCUCUGCUUCUCAUAAAUUACGUUCCUUUCCACCAGUUAGGGCAAGUCAGCCAAGGCAGGAAAUGAUGAGCUGUGUUCAUCUACAGUGACAACUUGGGAUCUAAUGGCUGCUCCAGUGAUCCCAGCCAUGAGUAAGGAUGUCAAUAUGGUCUGACCUUUGCUGAUGGGCAGUUAAACCAUGGACAGACUAAAUGACCUACUUUGGACUGUCCUUCCAAAGGAUGCUCUGGCUUUCCUCUUGAAUACACACUGAGCCCUUGCAGGCCACGAAGACGAGAAGGAGUGUGAACGGGAAGUAAUCUUACAAUGAGAAUUACGAGCACAUCUUGCAUCUGCCCAGUCCUCGUGUGUCUCUGUUUUGUGCAGAGGUGUUAUGGAACUGCUCACCACAGCUCUAUCAAGGUGACCAGAAACCAAACCAAACACACUGAAGGGGAGACUGAAGUCCACCAUCGUCCCAAGAGGGGAUGGGUAUGGAACCAGUUCUUUGUUUUAGAAGAACAUAUGGGACCAGAUCCACAGUAUGUUGGAAAACUGCAUUCCAACUCCGACAAAGGUGAUGGAUCUGUCAAGUACAUCCUCACUGGGGAAGGUGCUGGGACUAUAUUUAUCAUCGAUGACACUACAGGUGACAUCCACUCCACCAAAAGCCUGGACAGAGAGCAGAAGACUCACUAUGUGCUUCAUGCCCAGGCUAUUGACAGACGGACAAACAAGCCUCUUGAACCUGAAUCUGAGUUCAUCAUCAAAGUGCAAGAUAUCAAUGACAAUGCUCCAAAGUUCACAGAUGGACCAUACAUCGUUUCUGUGCCUGAAAUGUCGGAUAUGGGUACCUCUGUUCUACAGGUGACAGCUACAGAUGCAGAUGACCCCACCUAUGGAAACAGUGCACGUGUUGUUUACAGUAUCCUGCAAGGACAACCUUAUUUCUCUGUGGAUCCUAAAACAGGAGUCAUUAGAACAGCUUUACAUAACAUGGAUAGAGAAGCCAGAGAACAUUACUCAGUGGUCAUUCAAGCCAAAGACAUGGCUGGGCAAGUUGGCGGACUUUCGGGAUCUACAACUGUCAAUAUAACCUUGACUGAUGUCAAUGACAACCCACCACGGUUUCCACAGAAGCACUAUCAGCUGUAUGUUCCGGAGUCUGCUCAAGUUGGUUCAGCUGUUGGGAAAAUUAAGGCAAAUGAUGCCGACACAGGCUCAAACGCAGAGAUGACUUAUUCCAUCACUAAUGGGGACGGGGUUGGGGUAUUUUCCAUCUCCACUGACAAAGACACCAGGGAAGGAAUACUCUCCUUAAAGAAGCCACUGAACUAUGAGAAAAAGAAAUCCUACACUCUCACCAUUGAAGGCGCAAAUACACACCUGGACUUCCGCUUUUCCCACCUGGGUCCAUUCAAAGACGCCACCAUGCUGAAGAUCAUUGUUGGGGAUGUGGAUGAACCACCACUCUUUUCAAUGCCUUCCUAUGUCAUGGACGUCUAUGAAAAUGCCAAGAUUGGGACAAUUGUUGGCACCGUCUUGGCACAAGAUCCAGACAGUGCUAACAGCUUAGUAAGGUAUUUCAUCAACCACAGUGCUGAAGAGGACAGAUUUUUCAACAUCGACGCCAAUACUGGAACCAUUAAGACUUCAAAAGUACUUGAUAGAGAAGAAAUGCCUUGGUACAAUAUCACAGUGACGGCUUCGGAAAACGACAAUCCUGAUUUACUGAGCCAUGUCUCCGUGGGCAUUAGAGUUCUGGAUGUCAAUGACAAUCCACCUGAACUUGCCAGGGAAUAUGAUAUUGUUGUCUGUGAGAAUUCUAAACCUGGUCAGGUUAUUCACACCAUCACUGCCACUGAUAAAGAUGACUUUGCCAAUGGACCAAGGUUUAAUUUUUUCCUUGAUGAGCGCCUGCCCAUGAACCCAAACUUCACACUUAAGGAUAAUGAAGAUAACACAGCCAGCAUUCUGACAAGGCGGAGGAGAUUUAGUCGAACUAUGCAGGAUGUGUAUUAUCUGCCCAUUAUGAUCUCUGAUGGUGGAAUCCCCUCUCUCAGCAGCAGCAGCACCCUCACCAUCAGGGUUUGUGCAUGCGAGAGAGAUGGGCGUGUGCGGACCUGCCAUGCAGAAGCCUUCCUGUCCUCCGCGGGCUUGAGCACAGGAGCCCUAAUCGCUAUUCUUCUCUGUGUUGUCAUUCUUCUUGCUAUUGUGGUCCUUUUUAUCACCCUGAGGCGCAGCAAAAAAGAGCCCUUGAUCAUUUCAGAAGAGGAUGUGCGGGAGAAUGUGGUCACUUAUGAUGAUGAGGGAGGGGGGGAAGAAGACACUGAGGCUUUUGACAUCACAGCUUUGAGGAAUCCUUCUGCUGCAGAGGAGUUCAAGUACCGCAGAGACAUUCGGCCUGAAGUGAAGCUCACUCCUAGACAUCAGACAUUGUCCACCCUGGAGAGUAUAGAUGUUCAGGAGUUUAUUAAGCAAAGACUGGUAGAAGCAGACCUGGACCCCAGCGUACCCCCUUAUGACUCUCUACAGACUUAUGCCUAUGAGGGUCAGAGGUCAGAAGCUGGGUCUAUAAGCUCCUUGGACUCAGCAACCACACAAUCAGACCAGGAUUAUCACUACCUUGGAGACUGGGGCCCAGAGUUUAAAAAGUUAGCAGAACUCUAUGGAGAGAUUGAAUCUGAAAGAACAACAUAGGCAGUCAAUUUUUUUGGAGCUUUGUAGAAUUUGCUUCCUGACCAAGUGGAGAUAUGACCUCAAUAUGACAAGGAAGUCGAGCGGAAACAGUACUUGGAACUGAGCAAGCUGUACACAGCUCCUGUAGAAACAAGUGCCCUUUUUAUGAUCAAAAGUGGGUUAUUUAAUUGGAAGAAAGUCAAAUAUAAAAAAUACAGAGAAAAAGCUAUCGUUCCUUGUGUAUAUUUUCAAAUGCUCAAUAAAGUCUAUGGUACUGUUUAAUUAAGAAUAUCUGAACUAAGCCAAACAAUGAA